CAGCUGACUGGCCGGCGGCGGCGGCGGCGCUGGCGGCGGUGACUGGUCCAGGCCCCGGCGGCGGCUGCAGCGACGCGGUGGAGGGCUGCGGGCGGUCGGCUUGAGGAGCGGCGGCGGCGGAGCGCGGAGCGGCCGGGAACGGAGGGCGCCGGGCCGCCCCUUGCCCAGUCCUCGCAGGCCGCCAGGCCCCCUCCAGCCGGGGCCGUGGAGCACCGGGGCAAAGGCCGGGGCCCCCCCAUGAAGGAGCGCGACUCGGCCCCGGCCGAGCGGGGCAAGCCGGCCACCUACACCGGGGACAAGAAGGCGAAGAUGGCGGCCAAGACCAACAAGAAGUGGGUCCGGCUCGCCACCGUGUUCGCCUACGUGCUCUCCGUGUCGCUGGCCGCCAUCGUGCUCGCCGUCUACUACAGCCUCAUCUGGCAGCCGGUGGGCGCCGGGACCUCAGGGGGAGCCGCCGGCCCGCCCCCCGGCGGCUCCAACGCCACCGGCCCGUCCGGGACUUCGGGGGCGGCCGCAGCGGGGCCCAACACCACGGGGUCGUCCCGCCGCGAGGCGCCGCGCGACGCGCCCCCGCUGCAGGCGGUGCGGCCCGUGCCUCCCGAGCCCUUUGCGGACAGCCCCUUGGCCGGACCUCUGGAACAGCCGCGGGGGGCCGAGGAGGACGAGGAGGAAGCAGCGGCGGCGCCUGGGAGUCGUUGAACCCUUCCGAGCCAGGGGCGGCCGGAAACCAUCCUCACCAAGCCCGGAGGCAGGACUUUGCAGCAGGACCGGGUGGGGAGCCCGCAGGAGUGACCCCCACGGGAGUGAACGCCUCCCUUCCCCUGAUGAUCGCCGGCUCGCCCCAGGGGCGAGGGGCCUGCAACCUGCUCUUCAGCCAAGGGACCACGAUUCUCCUGGGGGUUCGGGGUUUGGUCUUCCCAGGACCGUGCCGCGCCAGGGCCCUGAGCCCUAAGGGGGAUGGGGGGAGGGGUGGGGAGAGCCCAGCACCGACCCCUUCUGCGCUGCUCGCUCUUCUGUAUCCUACGUACAGGAGUGACUCGGGCUUUCCCCCCAAGACUCAGGGGAAGGAGGGAGCUAUAUGGGCUCUUCUUUAAUAAACCGCAGCUCUCACAAGGAGGAGGGCACCAAAAGUAGUGGAGCUCAGGUAUGUCAACCUAGUUUUCAGUGGCCACAGAUGCAUUUAAUUUAUAGAUCCCUGUAUAUAGUUGUUGACAUAUGCACUAGAAGCUAUAAUUGCAUAGAACUACAUGUAUCUUCCCACACCUUGGGUAGACUCCUGGCUGAUGGGGUUAAGCAAGGGCUACUUGCUGGCCCCCAAAGUGCAGCUAGCUAGAAGGGCACAGACACUUUUUUCAUUACCCACUCUUCCCCCCCCCCCAUUUCAGAAAGAUGGGUUUAUGACACAAAAGAGUAUAAUCAUUCUUAGUCUUUUUGGAAAGGACAGUGGAAACCUUUGAAGAAGUAGAAGCAGUCUAGAGAGGGUGGGGAAUGUAUGGAUCCCAUCUUCUUCCCACCCUAGUGCCCCCACCUAAGGCUUGCUGGUGAAGUCCUAAGUAUCUGGAUAUGGGCCAGGGAAGGAGGAAGGGAAAGAGCACUGCCUCUGUGCUUCAACCCUUGGCCUUCUCACAGAGUUCUUUUAGGAAGAGCAAGCCUUGUAGAGUGGCUGUCAAGUGUUUUUAUCUUUUUCUUUUUCCCUGCUCUUCAGAAUCGCAUCUUGUUCCAGUAAUCACCUUUACUUUCUCUCUUCCCUGUGCCUGUAGUGAAAAUGUACCCCUGUUAUUAGGAUGAAAUCCUUUGUGAACUAGAGCUUUAAAUUUUAAGGUAGAACCCAAAAGGCUGGAAGGUGGGCUUCAAACUCAGGAGUGUGUUUCUAUAGCCGGGGAAAUAGACCAGUCAUGCUUUGGAAGGUUAAAUUGGCUUGUCUUUACCUCUCCCGAUAAGCCCCACUUAACAUGCAGCCUAUACUUUUCAUUGAGAUGAAAAACAUCAAGAGAAAUGACAUAUGUCUGGGGCAGCAAGAAUUACACAUCCUCAAUUUGGAUUCUGUUUCCUUCCGCCACUUGCUUUUAGGCAGUUGAGUGUGGGUAGUGACAAGAUAUCAAACCCCUUAGUGUUUCCUUUUUGGGAAAUGAGGCACUUUAAAACAACAACUUAUCCACCUGAGUCCUGAAACAAUUUGUCUCUCCAGUUUUCUGGCUUACACUCAAGUUAGCUCUGAUCCAAGUUUACAGGACGACAGCCUUGCUUUAAGCCAUGUCCUAUGGUGAGCAAGGUAAUAGCAGCUGAGCUGUCGUAGCCUAGGGGUGGACGGGUAGCACCCCCAAGGUGUCUUGGCUGGAGGAAGUUUCUGAGCAGCUGACUUGACUUUGGUCAUCAAGAAGCCUUUAAGUCCUUUUUAAAUUUUUGGUGAGGGCCUCGGGGAAGAAACAAAAAUGCCACUUUAUAACUUCAAUAAUAGCCUGUAAUUUGUAUUUAUUGUGUGAAUUUUUAGUCCUAUAUUUUAAUAAUUUGUAAGUUGAUAUCUUAUUCCAAGAAUCCUUUGAACUUGCAGGAGAACAUCUGGGAGUCCAAUCCCCUGUCCCCAUCCUGACCCCUGCAUUCUGGACUGUUUAAUCCACUUUGGGAUGGAUCAGAGAGUCUAGAGAGACCACUCCUGGGUCCAGCUGCUGGCCUCCUGACUCUCUAAAGCCUUCACUGGAAUUGGACAUUAGCUCCAGCUCUAGCUGUGAGCCUGACCAGAGACAUUAUUUAUAAUUCAGCCAUUUAAGAUAUACCUGUACUCAAAAAGUCCUGUAUAUUUUUUAAAAGUUUUAUUUUUCAGGUGAACAAAAAUACAUUCUAAAAACUCUACGUCAA